AUUUGCAGGGAUUUUGGAUUGCUUAUUAUGCUGUCAUUUGUUGUCACCAAAUAUUUGAUUGCUUUAACGAUAAUUGCAGUACUAUCAGUUACUGAAACGAAUGCACAAGCAGUAGCUUUAAAUCCUAUUACCUUCACGAACAACAUGCAAGUAGGCGGCAACACAGUAGCCUUCAAUGGUAAUGCAGCAGAGUUGGACUUUACUGGUGAUCGGAGAAGAAAUCAAACUAAACAGCCUUCUCAACCUCCUCAAGCUCCUCAAGCUCCUCAAGCUUUUUCUAACUCAGAUUUACUUCGAACUUUUUUACUAGCUUCGUUACUGGGGUCAGCGUAUGGUGGAGGCUCCCCAUAUUAUCCUUCAUAUGGUAAUUAUUAUCCAUACUUUGGUUACUCUCCUUAUUCCUACGGUUACUUUCCCUAUUACUAUUAUUAUUAUUAUGGAUAAUUGUCCCAUUUUUUCCAAAUG